AUGCCGCCCUCCUAUGCCAAUGAAGCUAGAAGGCAGAAUAGAGAAGAGCUGACGUAUGCAGUCAUCAAUAUCAGCGAUGAUUCUUCAACGAAUGUUCGUGACUUUAUGCGGGAUUUUGGCUACAACACAGGCAGCGUAGUGCGACGUGGAGUUAUUUCAGCAAAUGUAUAUGCAGCAAUCCACAAAUCGAAUCUCAACAAUGUAUCGGUUAACUUGGGUCUGUACAAGAAAGAAAAUGGAUAUCGACCGUUUUUAUACAACAUUACACUGGACUUUUGCAAAUUUAUAAAAACUCGCAAAAGUUUUCCAUUUUUCAGGAUGUUUUUUGAUACUUUUCGAAAAAACUCCAAUAUAAAUCACUCGUGUCCCUACAACCAUGACAUCAUAGUUGAAAACUACACUCUGAGCGAUGAAAUGUUUAAAUUGUUGCCUCUGCCAGAAGGAGAGUAUAUGUUCAAGUUAUUGGUGGGCACUUAUAAUGUAUGGAAAGCUGAUAUUAGCGGAUAUAUUUUGAAAAACGAUAAAAUUGGUCGCAUAUAA